AUGUUUAAUCAGUCCAGCUCUGUCUCGUUAAUCUACGUAGUUGAAAUCGCCAAUACAUCGCAAAACGUAGACGUCACUUGGUCUAAGACCAUCUCUUCACAUUCAUUAACCAUCAAAAUCGAAAAUCUCAAGGACGAACAACAUAAUCAUCAUAAUCAACAACAAGUGAAGAUAGAUCUUUCAGGUUCUUCGUUUUGGGCUAAAAAGGGUCUCAAGAACUUAGAAGCUAACGGGACGAGGGUUGACGUAUACUGGGAUUUUCGUCAAGCCAAAUUCUCCAACUUCCCUGAACCUUCCUCAGGCUUCUACGUAUCCCUCGUAUCCCAUAAUGCCGUUGUUUUAACGAUUGGGGAUUUAAAGAACGAAGCAUUAAAGAGGACGAAGAAGAACCCUUCAGCCACAGAAGCUGCCUUGGUCUCUAAGCAAGAACACGUCCACGGGAAACGUGUUUUCUACACGCGCACGGCGUUUGGAGGUGGGGAGUCACGGCGGGAGAACGAGGUGGUGAUUGAGACAUCUCUCUCAGGUCCUAACGAUCCAGAGAUGUGGAUCACGGUGGAUGGUGUGCCGGCGAUUAGGAUAAUGAAUUUGAAUUGGAGAUUUAGAGGGAAUGAGGUUGUGACGGUGAGUGAUGGUGUUUCCGUGGAGAUCUUUUGGGACGUUCAUGACUGGUUGUUCGAAACCUCUGGCUCGUCUAGUGGUUUGUUCGUUUUCAAGCCUAAAUCUGGAUUCGAGUCUAGAAGUCUUAGCUUUAACGGUGGCUAUGGUGAUGGUGACGCUGAUGUUGAUGACCAUGGUGAUGUUGUGGAGGAUGAUGAUGAUUCGUCGCCCAAGUAUUGCCAUGUUCUCUAUGCCGUCAAAGUUUGA